AUGAACUCCCAAUCGUCCUCCUUCUCUGCGGCUCCCUCGCCGCGCCUUCUUCAACGCCCUUCAGUCUCGUCCCGACUGUCUUUCGCGCUCUCGAAUGCCGAGCAGGGCGAGGCCAAUCCCGCGCCAAAUGUCGCCGAACAUCAGAUAAAUGAAGAAAUUGAGGAGAUCAAAAGAUAUGAGGUAUGCGACUACUAUGAAGAAUAUUGGGUUCAAGACGCUGCGAAAGAGCAAUUACGGCGAAAGGUCCGACGGAAAGAGACUGCGGGGUUCUUCGAGAGGGGUGGGCGAGCAGGAUGGAGAUACAAACUUUGGGAAUCGUAUGAGGCGGCGCAAGGCUGGAUCGUGUUGACACUGAUUGGUGCUGCCAUUGGACUGAAUGCGGCCUUUCUCAAUAUUAUUACAGAAUGGCUUUCAGAUGUGAAGCUUGGGUAUUGCAAAACCGCAUUCUAUCUGAACGAGCAAUUUUGUUGCUGGGGAGAGGACAACGGAUGUGAUGACUGGCAUCGGUGGAGCUCUCAUGCUUCCAUCAACUACAUCCUCUAUAUUUUUGUUGCUACAAUACUUGCUCUGACCGCCGCAAGUCUGGUAAGGGCCUUCGCACCCUAUGCGGCCGGAUCAGGGAUCUCCGAGAUCAAAUGCAUUAUAGCCGGCUUUGUCAUGAAAGGCUUUCUUGGCUUCUGGACCUUGGCUAUUAAAUCAAUAGCAUUACCUUUGGCCAUUGCAUCAGGUUUAUCAGUAGGAAAAGAAGGACCGAGUGUUCACUACGCCGUCUGUACCGGAAAUGUCAUUUCGCGGCUAUUCCAAAAGUACAGAAGGAAUGCCUCAAAGACUCGCGAGAUCUUGAGUGCUUGUGCUGCCGCUGGUGUUGCUGUAGCCUUUGGAAGCCCCAUAGGUGGUGUACUGUUCUCCCUGGAGGAGAUGUCGUCUUACUUCCCAUUGAAGACAAUGUGGCGAAGUUAUUUUUGUGCUUUGGUCGCAACAGCCGUCCUAGCAGCAAUGAAUCCCUUCCGGACCGGUCAGCUGGUCAUGUUCCAGGUACAUUACGAUAGAUCUUGGCACUUUUUUGAAAUCGUGUUCUUCAUCAUCAUCGGUAUAUUCGGAGGGCUGUAUGGAGCCUUUGUUAUAAAGUGGAAUCUAAGAGCCCAAGCUUUUCGGAAGAAGUAUCUUACGAAAUACGCUGUCCUUGAAGCUACAUUGCUGGCAGCAGGAACUGCCAUUAUCUGCUAUCCCAACAUGUUCCUCCGAAUUGACAUGACUGAGAGCAUGGAAAUUCUAUUUUUGGAGUGCGAGGGCGCAGAAGAUUAUAAUGGGCUGUGCGAUCGAGAGAACCGGUGGCAUAUGGUCCUCUCAUUGACGCUGGCGACAAUUCUACGCAUAUUUCUGGUAAUAAUCUCAUACGGUUGCAAGGUACCGGCAGGCAUCUUCGUGCCUUCCAUGGCUAUCGGAGCAUCCUUUGGAAGAACAGUUGGGAUUCUUGUACAAGCGCUCCAUGAAGCUUAUCCAGGGGCCGUAUUCUUCGCUGCGUGCGAACCGGACGUUCCAUGUAUUACACCGGGAACCUACGCUUUUCUUGGAGCUGCCGCAGCUCUGAGUGGCAUCAUGCACAUCACAGUCUCUGUCGUCGUUAUAAUGUUCGAGCUUACGGGCGCUCUCACGUACAUAUUACCGACAAUGAUUGUUGUGGGCGUCACCAAGGCCGUCAGCGAGCUCUUUGGUAAAGGUGGGAUCGCGGAUAGGAUGAUCUGGUUCAGUGGCUUUCCAUUCCUGGACAAUAAGGAAGAUCAUACGUUCGGGGUCCCCGUCUCACGCGUCAUGACAAGUGAAGUUACUGUCCUGCCAGCAAGUGGCCUCAGCAUGAAGGACAUCGAAGAAUUACUCAAGGAAGACAAAUAUCAAGGGUUUCCAGUCGUUGAGGAUCUGGCUUCCAAAAUCCUCAUCGGGUAUAUAGGACGCACGGAGUUGCGUUACGCCGUCGCUCGGGUCAAGAGAGAACACCCCGUCAGCCCCACGGCAAGAUGUUAUUUCAGUUCCCCAGCAUCAAAUAAUGCUACAAUGCCGACUACGCCAGCUAUGCCAGCUACUCCACUCGCCACCAUGGCAUCCGACUCCAUCGACUUCAGCCGCUUCAUCGACCCAACCCCAGUCACGGUGCAUCCUCGACUUCCUCUCGAAACCGUCAUGGAACUGUUCCGGAAGAUCGGGCCGCGGGUGAUCCUCAUUGAAUACCAUGGGAAACUCACCGGUCUCGUAACAGUCAAGGAUUGCUUGAAAUACCAGUUCACGGUGGAGGCGAGUGAGAAUCCCAGGGAUGAUAGGCACCUGGUUGAAGGCCAGGAAAGACUGUGGGGUGUUUUCCGGAAAUCGGCUUUGUGGCUGUCGGAUCAAGUCAAUCUCGUGUCUCGUGGUAAGAUCAGAUUAGGAACUCCAACGCAAGAGGAGUCAAGACGAGCGGCUAUCAGCCAUAGGAAUCCGAGCCUUGACGUGAUUGAUGGGACGGAAGAUAUCCUAGAUGCUGGGGUGGAAUUGGAGGAUCGGUAA